GUUACGCAACUAAACUCCAUUACCCAGAAUGCCUUUCGACAUCCAGCUUCCAACUGUAAAGCGACUGGCGUGAAACUCAAAUCACGGGCGGGAGCUUGCUCUUAGUUUCACCCGACUCCGCGCUCCGGUACAUUUAAACGUUUUUCACUUUUUCAAAAAUCGCUAUUUAAAUUCCGUUCAAUUUUUACUUUGGUUACAUAAAAGCGAAGUUUUAUCGGUCGUCCUUUUAGCGAAGUGAGUAAUUGCGACGAGUUUAAAAGUUAAACGGCAGCAACGAAACUCUCCGAGGGAGGAGUGAACCAACAGGUCGGUUUAACUGUCUUUUUAAACAGCUUUACAAGUUUACAGCCUGGGUUUCCGGCGUGAAGAUGAUUCUGAAAGGUCAGAAACGGAAACUGGACCUGGAGGACGGGGAGGCGUCGGACCGGAGCAGCCCGACGUGGGAGAGCCAGCGGCAGUUCGUCUUCUCCGUGUCACUGAACAAGUACCAGCGCGGCCAGGAGCUGCCGGAGCCCAGCCUGCGCCGCUCGGUUCUGAUCGCCAACACGCUGCGCCAGAUCGCUCUGGAGAAACACUGUGAGUCGCCACCGCCACCGGACUCUGCCUUAAUGUCCGGAGAACCGGCGACUCCGCCCACAAACCGCGGCCAAUCAGAGGACGAGGACUGGGGGUCAGCGGAGUCCGACUUCUCCCUUUCAGCCGCCAUUUCCUCCAUCCUCACUGCGCUGGACUCCACCAUCGACGGCGGCCCGCAGGCAGCUCCGCGGACACCUCUGCGGUCCGUGGAGAACCUCCUGGAGAGCGCCGGCGACGCGGCGAAACCCGGCUACGUGAACGACGUCAGCAUGGAGGAUCUGUUCCAGGAAGUAGAUGCGUCCCUGCUGGGGAGAGUCGGCUACCCGGCCGAAGAGGAGCUGAUCUGCUACCUGCCGCCGUUCUCCUCCGCCUCCUCCAACUUCAGGUGCUUGCCUUCGUUCUCCUCCUUCAGUCCGCUCUCUUCCUCGUCUUCCUCACCUGACUCCGCCUCCUUCUCUGGUCCUAAUCAAAGCAGGGAAGCGUUUGAGCUGGAGCACCUGAUGGAGAUCCUGGUGGAGUCUUGACGACUUUCUCUAAAAUAAACAACAAAAAACUUCCAUCAUAA